AUGUCGCUAGGAGACGUCCAGGCGUGCGAGUUAGCGCAACGGCUAGAGCAGCAAUGGGGCGCGGCUCGGCAGCUCGCGUCAGACAUCCAAACCGCUGUUGCCGGAUUUCUCGCCGCGUCCGUCCAACCACCCUCCCUGGUCGAUCUCGGUCGCCAGUCGCUCAAAGCCGUCGAUCGCGACUGCGACGCGGCCUGUAACCGCGAUGAAGAAAGCGACGAAAGGGACGAUCGAAGGCACGAUGAUGGAGCGAGGUCACGGGAGGCGAUCAUGGCGCGGCUACGUGGCUUUCGAUGGCACGCGCAGGUUAUCCGCCAGCAAAGCAUUGUGCUGGCUGAUGUCACCUUUCAUCUCUGCGACGUCCUCGAAGCUUCGUGCUCCUUAACACCCGAGGAACUUUCUCGGCUGGCAGGCGCGGUGCCGGCGUCGCAUCCUGACGAGGCUUCCUCGAACCUUCUAUCUGAGCUCGACUCCCCUCCGCCGCUGCUCAGCAGCCCAGCCACAGACGCAGCAGCGGGACAGGCUUCGCAUGGGGGGGACGCGGGUGCGCGCGAGACGGCAUCAGGGCCGGAAGAUGGCGGUUGGUCGCGGGAUACGCGAGAAGGCGAGUGGGACGAGCGGGACACGGGCGUGGUGGAGCAGGUCAGCGCGGAGCCGCAUGAAACGGCGCAAGGCGAGGAUGUGGCGGAGGAGCGGGGCGAGCUGGCAGCGUGGGGAGCGAAAGGGCAGCGCAAGAGGCGCACGCGGCGGCGGUUCUACCCGGAUGAGCGCGACGAGCUGCGGAAGGCGUUGCUGGAGCACCUCACUCUGCUGCGCCUGGAGGAGGCGCGCGCGGAGUGGGCGGAGCGGGGGGAGAGCGAGUUGGGGGAUGGCGCAUGGGGGAUGGAGGGGGACAGGGACACGGACGGGGGACAGAGUGGGGGAUUAGCGCAUGUGGAGGAGAGUGAGGGGGAGGGCGGAUGGGGGGAAGAAGAGGCGCUGAUGGCGCAGGCCAGGGCUGCUGCAGAGGCUUCGCGCGCUGCUGCUAGGGCGAGGCGUGGGGGAGAGGGGGAAGGGGGGGAAGCGGAAGGAGGGAUGGGAGGAGUAGCUGAUUGGGUGGGAGGGGUGGGAGGCCCACCGACCUUGCAACAGGGGUCGCCUCGCAGGGGGUUAGGAGGAAGGGAAGUUAGCGACAGAGAGAGCAUGGCGAAUGGGGGGAUGAGUGCAGCCGUGAGUGUGGCUGAGGCUGUAGCUGACGUGGCACUGAUGGUGGAGCAGGAGUUGGAGCGAGAGAGGAGGCGAGAGCAGGAGGCGGUGCUGCUGGGCGGGGUCACAAGCCCUCCUGGAGCGCGCCCAGCAGUGCCGGCCUCAUGGCAGCAGCCGUGGUGGCUGUCGCCUGCUGCCCCACCUGCUGCUGCUGUCUUUUCUGCCUCUGCUGCUGGCUGGCAUGCAUCGACUGGCAUGAACGGUGUCAAGGGCGAUGGCAUGCCAAUCAAGGGAGCAGCUGGGGCAGGUGGGGUCAUGGAGAGACGAGCUGGGGGAUUUGCAGAGUUCAGUGGGCGAAGUGGGGUAGGCUUUGCUGCGUUUGCUGGCAACGGGGCAGGUGGUGAGCAGCAGGGUGAUGGCAAGGCAGCUGGCAGACAGCAGGCAGGCGCAGGUGAAGAGGUCAUUGUGGACACCAAGGGGAACGCAGGCAAUGCACGGCCAGUGCCCACUGGUGCAGCACUGCUGGCUGGCAUCUGCACACAAGCCUCAUCUGUACUAUAA